AUAAACACUCUUGACUCAUCCCAGCAACGGGGAGCACACACACAAGCCUUCAGACACGCCAGAGAUCCUCAGGCUUGCAAAACACCCCGUAUAGAGUUACAUUUUGGCAAGUCAUUUUCAUUAGAAGCUCAGCUUUGGCGAGUCCUUUUAAUCAACAGCACAUCUGUCAGGGACUCGGUGCAAAACUCCUCCGCUGCACACAUGGAAGAAAUUCUCGCUCAUUUUCCAUGUUUCCUUCCCCGAUUUUUGCCAACCUCUGAAAUUACAGAAGGAGAAAGCAUGGCAACCCUGACACUCGGCCCAGCUGACGGGGCUGGACAGCAGGACACCGAGCGGUAGCUCCACGGGCAGCGCGGAGGCGCUGCUGAUGCUGGUUAUUCUAUCCCGGCACGACCUGGCCCGCGGGCCGCUGGCAGCAGAGGGGUCCCCCGGGGCUCCGCUCCCUGAAGGGCCGGGCGGGAGCCGCGCUGUCCCCUCACGGAGCUCCCAGCCCCGCGCUGUCCCCUCACAGAGCUCCCGCCGGGCCCCGCGCUGUCCCCUCACGGAGCUCCCGCCCGGCCCCGCGCCUGCGCAGUGCGCGCGGCGCCAUCCGGGUCCCGACGCGGCCAUGGCGACAGUGGCGGAGCUCAAAGCAGUUUUAAAGGACACACUGGAAAAAAGAGGAGCUCUUGCCCAAAUCAAAGCGAGGAUCAGAGCUGAAGUGUUCAAUGCCCUGGAUGACCAGAGCGAGCCGCGGCCGACGCUGUCCCGGGAGAACCUCCUGCUCAAUGAGCUCAUUCGGGAAUACCUGGAGUACAACAAGUAUAAAUACACAGCAUCUGUUCUGACGGCAGAAUCCGGCCAGCCUGAAGUGCCCUUGGAUAGAGAGUUUCUUGCCAAAGAGCUGAAUAUAGUUGAAGAUGGAAGUGGAAAAUCAGUCAGACCUCUCCUGUAUGGAAUUCUCUCUCAUUUCUUACAUGGUGGUAAAGAAGAAAGUACCCAGAACAUCCAUCCAAAAGUGUCUUUGCUGAAUUAUCCAAAGCAGAACCUUGGCAAACCAGCUGCAGAGAGAAAUCAAAAAGACAGAAUUCCAGAACCAGGAAGGAUGGCUGGCAUGAGCAUCAAAGAGCCUUUUAUUUUACAAAGUAUAAAGAGAUGAUGUCUUUCAUUUUCUAAUUUCUCAUUUCAAGGUCUGUCAGAUUUAAUUUAGGACAUUCUUCAUUGCAUAAAUUUCUCCAAUAAAUCCAGUGGGACCAUUUUAGCUGGUAACAUCUACUCAUGAGACAGGAUGACAAGGUCAUACUUACUGUCAAUUUUAAAAAUGUUAGCAAAGCUCUCUUUCCUUAGAUAGAAGGAAAACUGUAUAAGGACUCAUUAAUUAGUGCAUCCUGUGUCUAGAAUUGUACCUGAAUAUACUGAGUUUAUCCAAUAAAUUUUUAUAUAAUAACUUACAAUUUUUACACUUAUAUAUUUGUGUGGUUUUCCUGUGUUUCUGAAUAAAAUUUUUCAAUUUUA